CCCCUCGCUACCCUGGUAAGGAAUUACUUAUUUAUUUUUUUACUCCCCGUCCGCAGCAGUGGAAGGGUUAAUUCACACCUUCUUCAGAAAAGCGGCAAACUACAAUACUAAACUUUGGUUUCAGAAAACGAUGAAUGCAGUGCAAACAAGACGCGAAGAUCAAAGAGUCCACCACUCUUGAUGACUGUUGCAGUUUCAGGGUUACUUAUGCGAAGAGGGUGGCGAAGGCUGUGACAAAACCCUGAAUCUUGUGCCAAAUGAAGUGGCGGUAUACACCUGGAAAUCGCACCAUGGCAACCAGCAAACAUUUGUCGUUUUUGAUGUUUUGUGUGGUACUUGUGAGUGUGGCUAUAGUCAUGCGGUACAGUGUCCCUUGGGGUGUGGCCAUUUUAACCAUAGCCAUCUCCUGGUUUUGUUAUGACCACUGCCAUGUUGCUCGUAUCAGCAGUGUAGAGUUUUACAAACUUCACACCGUGCCACAGUACACCAACGCUGCGACAGCUCUCGUGACGUCAGAGUGGUCCGUCCCUGUGACCGCGGAGGGUAUCGAGGAACCCAACUAUGUGCGGACAUCCAGUAUGAUCGAAUCACGUGAUACCUUCCCCUGUCAUUUGGUUGCUUUGGCCACGUUCGGUGGAGUGAAGCAAGUUAUCGCUCAUUGUGUUUUACGAGAGACUUCCGCCUCCAGGUCACCUGACUUAAAUAAAUUUUUAAGAAUGCUGAGGAUGAGACUGCCGCUUCCCGCGGUUCAACAGUCUAUGGAGGUUGCAGGUUUAGAUUCAUCGGUGCUAAGUGCGAAAGAUAUCAGCGAGUCUGAAAUUGUGGAGACGCCUACAUCAAGUAUAGUUCAUAACGUUACACUGUCCUCCCUUGUUGUAAAGCCCGAGUUUCGUGGUCAGGGCCUGGGCAAGAGCAUGUGUGCAUAUGCACUACAAGUAGCUUCCGGUCUCGGAGCAAUCGAAAUUAUCGGAGGCUGCAAAAAUAAGUUGGUUGCCUUUUACGAGAAGAUCGGCGUUAAAAGAAGAGUUGGUUUAAAGAGAAAAAACAUACCAAGGGUUCGGCUUGGCAAUGAAAUGUUUCUAGUGAUAGACAAGGAAGCAAGAAAACAAGCAUCAGAGAUAUUAGCCAUGACAAACGCUAAAUGCUUUUAACACCGGAAGGGUUUGCGGCUGUUUUUUUUUUUUUUUUUUCCUUUUUUUUUUAAUAUAACUAUUUGUUUUCGCGAAUGAGAAUUAAAACACUUUCCAUCGUCAUCUAAGCCAUUACGCAUUACCAGAAAGACAAAAAAUUAGGUAAAAUAAAACACAGUCCUUGCUUCGUGCCUACAAAAGAGUGGCGCUAUUCGCGCUCCUCGCUCAGGCUCGGAAAUCGAACUUUCUAUUUACAGUGCAGAUGGAAAAAAUAGUUCAGUGCGAUAUCAAAAAAGCAGGAUCUUUCGGGGCCAAUUAUUGACUAAUUUGAAAUAAAAGGAUGUUAGGGGGAAAAAUUAAAAGCUCAGUUGAUUUUACUUGAUUAUUGGACGGGGAAAAUUCUUAUUGGUUGAAGCUACGUGAAUCUUUUCUUGAGAGACAAUUACUUUUUCUUAGUCCUAAGUUCUUAUUGGUCGGCUGGACAGCAGACUAGUUUGUUACUUGCGAAAAUAAUAGACACGCCGAUCGAGCAAAUAUUCAUUAAUUGCUUAAAUGUUUUUAAAGUGUAAUCCAAUCUUUUCGUUAAAUAUUGUAGGAUCGAUUUUACUGAAGGUGGAAUUUGACAUUACUUGACUAGACCCUUUUUACUUCAUCUCCGAGAGAAUUUACAUUUUUUUCCCGGUGACUAUCUUAUUGCCACAGUAGAUGUCUGUUUAAUGUUUAGUAGAAUUAACAUCACCGAAGAAAAUUAACUGUCCAUUCAGGAGGAAGGAAA